AUGGUACCAGGAAAUCAAACACAAUUCACUGAAUUUCUACUCCUGGGAUUUUCUGAGACACCAGAGCAGCAGGGGCCUCUCUUUGGUCUCUUCUUGGGCAUGUACUUGGUCGCUGUGGUUGGAAAUCUGCUCUUAAUGCUGAUCAUUACCUCUGACUCUCACCUCCAUACACCCAUGUACUUCUUUGUCUCCAAUCUGUCCUUUGUGGAUUUCUGUACCAUAACCACUACGGUGUCCAAGAUGCUGGUGAAUAUCUUGGCACAAAGCAAGGUUAUAUCCUAUGCUGGCUGUCUUGCCCAGUUGUACUUCUUUAUGGCUUUAACUUGUGUGGACAAUUUCCUUCUCACAGCAAUGGCCUAUGACCGUUAUGUGGCUAUCUGUCACCCUCUGUACUAUGCAACCAUCAUGAGCCCUAGACUCUGUGUCCUCUUGGUGCUACUCUCCUGGAUAAUAGGCCUUGUAGAGUCCCUCAUUCAGAAUCUAAUGGUAACAAGACUCUCCUUCUUCAGCCCCAUGGUACCAGAAAACCAAACACAAUUCACUGACUUUAUUCUCCUGGGAUUUUCUGAGACACCAGAGGAGCAGGGGCCCCUCUUUGGGCUAUUCUUGGGCAUGUACUUAGUCACUGUCCUUGGAAAUCUGCUCAUCCUGUUGGCCAUUGGCUCUGACUCUCAUCUCCAUACCCCCAUGUACUUCUUCCUCUCCAAUCUUUCCUUUGUAGAUCUCUGUGUGGUAUCUACCACAGUACCCAAGAUGCUGGUGAACAUCUUGACAAAAAACAAGGCAAUCCCCUAUGCUGACUGUUUUGCCCAGAUGUACUUCUUUAUGGUUUUUGCUAGUUUGGACAAUUUCCUUCUCACCGUAAUGGCCUAUGACCGUUUUGUGGCUAUCUGUCAUCCUCUACGCUAUGCAGCUAUCAUGAGUCCUAGGCUCUGUGUCCUGUUGGUGCUGCUCUCCUGGAUAUUAAGCCUUCUAGACUCCCUCCUCCACUGUCUGAUGGUAACACAGCUCUCCUUUUGUGUUCAUAAAAUUCAGCACUUCUUUUGUGAUCUUGAUCAAGUUAUGAAGCUCUCUUGUGCUGGCACCUUUAUCAAUUAUGUGUUGGUAUAUUUAACAAUAGGACUUCUGGGUAUUAUCCCCCUCACUGGGAUCCUUUUCUCUUAUAGUCAGAUCUGUUCUUCCAUUUUGAAAGUCCCAUCUGCUGGGGGUAGGUAUAAAGCCUUUUCUACCUGUGGAUCUCAUAUCUCUGUUGUUUCUUUAUUCUAUGGCACAGGAUUGGGAGUAUAUUUAAGCUCCUCAACUACCCACUCCUCCUGGAAGAGCACAGUUGCCUCAGUAAUGUAUGCUGUGGUGACCCCCAUGUUGAAUCCCUUUAUUUAUAGUCUGAGAAACAAAGAUAUAAAGGGUGCCCUGAGGAGACUCAUUAGCAAAAUGAUCUCCUCUCAGUCAUAA